GUAAGGCACUCUAGAUAGACACCGAUUUGAUAGUACUGGACAACCUCAUCAUUGCUAGUGAAGACCUACGCAUCACUUACAAUGAGUCUUCAAAUGAACGGCCAGUUGUCGAUGUUAGCACGCAGAGCCCAAGCCUGUGCAGCUCCAGACGCGAUUGGAAGUUCCCUUUGGGAUGUCAUCAAUGAUUUAUGGGACUCUGAAAACAAUCCAAACAGUUAUGUCAGUCUGGGGAUCGCAGAGAACUCGCUCAUGCACCAUGAACUGGCACAGCACAUUGCCAACAAUCUCAAACUGCCACUGCGAGCACUCACCUAUGGAGAUGGUCCGCUAGGGUCGAAGCGGCUGAGGGAUGCCAUUGCUCGAUUCCUGAAUCGACGGCUGAAGCCUGUGUCGAAUUUGAGGCCAGAACACAUCAUCAUCACCAAUGGUGUCUCUCACGCCAUCGAGCAUACUUCAUGGGCCUUCUGCAAUCCGGGUGAUGGUUUCUUAUUCGGUCGGCCUUACUAUGGAGCUUUCCAUCCCGAUAUAUCCCUGCGGCCGGGUGUAGAGACAGUCACGGUGCCAUUUUAACGGCAUCGAUCCUAUGAGCGUCGAAGCCGUUCAAGAGUAUGAUUCAGCGAUAUUUGCCGCCAAGGAACGUGGUGUUACUGUACGAGCUUUGAUGCUUUGCUCACCACAUAAUCCCCUAGGAAGGUGCUAUUCGCGCGAAGCUAUUCUAGCCUACAUGCGCCUGUGCCAGAAACACCAGAUUCAUCUUGUCAAUGAUGAGAUAUAUGCCUUUUCUGUGUGGAAGAACAACAACGACAGGAGUCCUCCUCCAGUUGAUUUCAUGAGACCUGCCAGCCUGUACUCCGUAGUGUUUCUAUCUUAGAUAUUGUGUGC